AUGUAUCACGAAAGGGGGCGCGUUGCUACAGAUAGCCCGGAAAUGGCAAUCGCCAGGGAUCAACGAUUAGCAAUCCAGCGACGCCACCGCGUGAAACGGCGCCAUGGCGAGCAGCCUUCGCCAACCCCGCCGCUAAGCGGGUUGCUUCGAGGAGAGCAGGUACGGAAUGCUGGUGAUGAGGCACCUACGAUCAACCGAGAUAACAGGCUCCCCGUGCAAGUUUUUGAGGAAGAGCAAUUCGAAGGUGACGCGGAUGACUUACGACACGCAUUGCAACAGCUGCCCCACCGUGGGUCACUUCCCCAACGCCGUCCUGCCUCUCCUGGCCUCUCUCGUGGUCGUCCGCGUGGCCGUCCCCGACUUGCACGCAACCCAGUUGGUCGCCCUCGCAAGCAACGACUUGCCGAAGAGAAUACCCCGCGAGAAUUCGACGAGCCCGCUCCGCAGUUCAUGGGAAACGAUCAAGAGGCGCCACUGUCACCCGAAGAUAUUGCAAUAAAGAGGGAGUUUGAUGAAGCACUUGCCGCAGUGGAGAUGCAGCGAUGCCUGCGUUGCAAGGAGCGCUGGUUCGUGGGCAGCAAUACAAGUAUCGUGGAUUUGGACAUUGUUAUCCUCCGCCCACGUGGAUCUGAGAAUGCUGAACAGAUGGACCGACAAUUCCGCAACCGCUUCCGAGUCCGCCGAGCAGCAGUCGAGACAUGGCUCAGAUUCCUCGCCGACAACCACCCUGGCUAUCGGAGUUUCACCUGGAACUACGACAACCUCUCCCAGUUGCCAGAGGACGGCAACGUCUUUGAUCAGCUGAAUAUCCACGAGGUCGAGGAGUGUGAAGGGUUGCCUGCAGAUUCUGGCCCUGUUGAAGCGCCGGAAGAGGACGGAGAGGCUGUUGACGAAGCUGCGGUGCCCAAUGUGCUAGUCCACGACUCAGAAUUGAACCAGCUGCAAGAGCGAGUCGACCGUGGGGCUGCCGAAGUCAAUGCCGCCAAUGAGCAAGUGCCCCUACAUCCCGUUGAGCCUCAGGCUGCUCAUCAGCUGAAGAUGCCUUCCAUCCGACGUACUCCUCUUGACGAGUUCAACCAAACGCAUGCUCUGCUCUCACUAGCUUGCCCGACCCUGUUUCCUCGAGUGGUUGCGGACUUCGUUGAACCUAGACAGCGCAAGAUCUCCUACCAGGAUUACAUCCAGCAUGCCAUGAACUGGGAAGAUGGCCGAUUCGCUAAACAUCACAGCUUCCGAUUCAUCGCGCUAAACACUCUGAUGAGGCAGCAGCAAGGGAGGUGGGAUAAGAAGCUCGAGUGA